AUGAAACGGAGAACACAAUGGGACACAUCCCACACGCUGUACACGCCACCAGUGAGUAAAGAAAGAGAUGUUAGAUAUACCGGCCUGGCGGUUAAGGGACUAUAAACGUAAAAACGUUUGACAAAAAAAAAGAAGUUUGGUCUACUCCUACAAUUAUCUAUUUUCUAGCCAUCCAUUUCAAAAGCUUUGUUAUAUGCCUUUGAUAUAUCUGGACCAAUAUUAAUAUGAUGGUCCAAAUACGAAAAAAAAAUAAAUAUAUAUAUAUAUUUUAAAAUAAAUAAAAUUAUUAAAAUAUUGGUAAGAAAAUAAUAAAAUCUAAAAUAAAUUGUUUAAAAUUUGUAUUACUGAACAUAGUGCAUGAAAACGCUUAGUAUAUUACAAUUAUCUAUCUAGCCAUCCAUUUCAAAAGCUUUGUUAUAUGCCUUUGAUAUAUCUGGACCAAUAUUAUUAUGAUGGUCCAAAUGUGAUUUUGAUGAAUCCAAUCCAAUCUGCUGGUCAAAUGUGUAAUAUUUGAAUAUGGGAAAAUCUAUAUAGCUUGAUUUUUGUAAGAAAGAAACAAGUUUGAUAGUUGAUUUGAUUGGAUAAAUGGUUGAUCGAAUAUUCGAUAAUAUGUGUUUGAUCUUGACUUUAGAAAAUCUGUGUUUGAUCUUGACUAAUCCAAAUAUGAAUUGAAAGUUGGGUAUAGACACAAAAAGAAAUAUAAGAUUUCAACCUUAAAAAGUUGAUUCAAUCAUGUGGUAAUCAGAUGAUUCAGAACGAUUGUAUGGACCAGAUCGUAAGUUAUGUUUAUGGGCCGAUCCAGAAUAGAUUCAAUAGUUAUCCAAUAUCAUAGUGAACUAAUCCAAUUUGCAUGUUAGAUAUUGAGAGUCAUUGGGUUCGAUUAGAACCGGUCAAUCUUGAAUCACUGAAUCUAUUUUUUAACUGCUACCUCUAAUACAUAUUUGAAUUUCAGAACAAUGUACACAAAACAAAUCUAGUAUAUAUCUCUAAUACAUAUUUGAAUUAAAGAAAACUAAGAACUACCUUUUUUACAUAUAAUAGUAUCCACUCUAAUAGUAAUAUAUAUAUUUCCCUUUAUUUCCAUUUUAUAUACUUAUAUUUUUUUAUUGACAUUGCACCACCUUUUCCAUAUAAAUGCUCACAAACUUGUGAAUUAACAAAAAAAAAAAACAGCAUUGUUACGGAGGCAAAUCUACUUCUUCUCUGUGAAGAACAAAAUGGAUUAUGAUGGUGAUGGAAGCCCAGACAACGAACACUAUACUUCAGUAAAUGCCAUGUCAAAAGAGAAGAGGAUUUGUCAUCGUCACACUCCUCAACAGAUUCAGAAGCUAGAAGCUUAUUUCAAAGAAUGUCCUCAUCCAAACGAAUCACAGAGAGAAGCGUUUUGCAGUGUGUUGGACCUCGGGAUAGACCAAGUCAAAUUUUGGUUUCAGAACAAAAGAACUCAAAGCAAAACUCAAGAUGAGAGAACUUCAAACAUAUUGCUUCGUGAAGAAAAUAAAAAGCUCCAAUUGGAGAAUGCUGCGAUGAUCGAGGUUUUAAAGACUGUGACUUGUCCACCUUGUGGCGGUCCUCCAUUCGGCAGAGAUGAUCGCGAAAGUAAUCUCCACAAGAUGCGUCUAGAAAACGCUUUCUUGAAAACGGAGCGUGACAGCUUAACGACAACCAAAAACAAGUAUCAACAAACCAUGUUGGACUCACUCACUUCUGUUCAAAGACAGCAAACCUUUGAAGCUCUCACCUCAUAUGGAAUGAAUCUAUACAAUCAACCUAGCUCAUUAGAAUCUCAAACCAUCCAACCACAACUACUACCCCAAAUGGAUUUACCGCAGCUGUCUGAAACUGCGGCAACUGCGGUUGAAGAGCUUAAGCGGCUAUUUCGUACCGAUGAAGCUCUUUGGGUUAUGUCGUCUAUUGAUGGAACAUAUGUGAUUGAUCAAGAGAGCUAUGAGAAGUUCUCGCACUCAAUCAAACAUUUCAGGAACUUGAGUGCUCGUGUCGAGUCUUCUAAAGAUAUCACGGUGGUUCCUAUUGAGGCAACAAGCUUGAUUGAUAUGUUCUUAGAUUCGGAGAAAUGGAAAAUGCUUUUUCCAACGAUCGUGAACAAGGCCAAGACAAUUCAUACGCUCGGAUCCGAGCUUCCGAUAAAUGAAAACUGCAAUGUCUUGCAAGUGAUAUGGGAGCAACUACACAUAUUGUCGCCACUAGUGCCACCAAGGGAGUUUAUGAUCGUUAGAUGCUGCCAACAGAUCGGUGAAGGGCUCUGGAUUAUUGCUGAUGUGUCACAAGACUCACAACACAUCUUUAACUCUGACCAAGCCAGUCCGUCUUGUUAUAAACGUCCUUCUGGUUGUCUCAUCCGAUCCUUGCCAAAUGCUCACACCGAGGUAAGGUGGAUAGAGCAUGUGGAAGUGGACCAUACAGCCGAUACACAUAAGAUGUAUCGAGAUCUUGUAAGUGGCAGUUCGGGCUAUGGAGCUAGGCGUUGGAUCGUCACCCUUGAGAGAAUGUGUGAGAGAAUGGCUCUCUCCUCCAUCCUAAUCAUGCCGGCUACUGACUGGAGUGAAACUAUACCGACAGUGGAAGGACGAAGGAGUGUGAUGAAAUUAGGGGAAAGAAUGUUGAAGAUCUUCAACGAAAUGUUGAUCAUGUCCGGGAAGGUUGAGUUCCCGCAGCAAUCGAAAUGUGGAGUCAGAAUCUCGAUCCGGAUGAACAAGGAACCCGGGCAACUACCCGGUUUAGUUGUCACUGCUGCAUCUUGUCUCUCAAUCCCUCUCACUCCUUUGCAAGUCUUCAACUUCCUGAGAAGCAACGACACUCGUCACCAGUGGGACGUUCUUUGUCGUGGAAACGCAAUCACUGAGUCUGCUCGCAUUUUCACCGGAUCAAGUGGAACAAACUGCAUCACCCUACUCCAGCCUACACCACUGUGGGAUAUUGGACAAAAUAUGGUACAAGAACCACACAAGAAGAUGAUGGUGCUACAAGAGUGUUACAUGGACGCAUUAGGAGGCAUGAUAGUGUACUCUCCUCUUGACAUGGCUACAAUGAGUAUUGCUGCCUCUGGCGAAGUUGAUCCUUUGAAUAUUCCAAUCCUUCCUUCUGGCUUCACCAUCUCAAGCGACAACAGUGAGGGAACUUUACUCAUGUUGGCUUUUCAGAUCCUUAACUCUGAUGAAAACAGUAAGACCAGAAGUGUGAGUGAGAUUGCAGUGGACAGAGUGAGUAGAUUGAUCAGCCAAACUGUUCAAAACAUCAAGCUCAUGCUCAAUUGUCCUCCUGAAUGAGUGAGAGAAUAUUCUCUAGAGGAUUCUCUUUUGUUCUUUUCUUUUUCUUUUGGUUUUGAGAGAAUAUACUCCUUUGUUCUUAUUUAUGCUUUUGUUGGAGAUAUUUUUAUUUAUGCUGGAUGUUGGAUGAUUUGGAUUGCUUAUGAUGAUUUUUAAAGACAUGAUUUUUAUGGU